AUGCUGAGAAAUGAUGAUGAAGCAUCAUUUAUCAAAACAACGAAAAAAUUUGAAAGACUUGGAGCAAUUCGUGAACAAAAUGUGCAUGUUGUGAGGGGACAUAAGUUCUUACCACGAUUUUUUAAACAGGCAACAUUUUGCGGGCACUGCACUGAUUUUAUUUGGGGUUUUGGAAAACAAGGUUUUCAGUGUAAGGUAUGCUGUUUUGCGGUUCACAAGCGCUGCCAUGAGCUUGUCCUUUUUCCUUGUCCUGGGUCGGAUAAGGGCCCUGAAACUAAUGUAUAUCGAAAAUCUCACUGUUUUAAAAAGCAUACAUAUACUUCCCCUGCCUUUUGUGAUCAAUGUGGAACACUUCUUUAUGGUAUUGUCAAUCAGGGCAUCCGAUGUGAAGCUUGCCAACUAAAUGUCCAUAAACAUUGUGAGCAAUAUGUCCCAAGACUGUGUGGCAUUGAUCAUACGGAAAAACGUGGUCGAAUAUACUUAAAAGUUGCUCAUGAAAGAUCCGCCUUGGUCGUUUUUGUUAAGGAGGCAAAAAAUCUUGUUCCUAUGGAUCCAAACGGACUAGCGGACCCAUACGUUAAGAUUAAGUUGACCUGUGAUGGCGAAAGGAAUCGAAAGUUCAAAACAAAGGUGGUAAAAGCUUCUUUGAAUCCAGAGUGGAACGAAACAUUUACAAUAGACAUAGCUCCGGAAGACGAGUCGAAACGUUUGAUGAUUGAAAUGUGGGAUUGGGAUCGUGCCUCCCGAGACGAUUUUAUGGGUGCUCUCUCGUUCGGUGUGUCGGAGAUUAUCAGACGCCCUGUCGACUGUUGGUUUAAGUUGCUGAGUAGGGAGGAGGGCGAAUUCUACUCCAUUCCUUGCUUCGAUGCAAAGACGAACGCCAUGUUGAAUAUGAAUCGUGCCAAAUACGAGGCGAGUUUGUCGAGUUUACUAAAUAACUCCAACGGCACCAAUCCGGGCAGAGACGACAACCGAGUACAGAGUAAGCAGGAUACGCUUCGGGUCACAGAUUUCAGGUUCCUUCGAGUUCUUGGGAAAGGAAGCUUCGGAAAGGUGAUUCUGGCAGAACAUAAGAACACCGACGAGGUGUAUGCAAUCAAAGUGCUGAAGAAGGACAUCAUAAUCCAGGAGGACGAUGUUGAGUGCAUUAUGGUGGAGAAGAGGGUGUUGGCCCUCCAACAAAAGCCUCCAUUCAUAGUACAGCUUCACUCCUGCUUUCAAACUAUGGAUCGAUUGUUCUUCGUCAUGGAAUUCAUUAACGGUGGAGAUUUGAUGUACUGGAUCCAGCUUGUUGGCAAGUUUAAGGAGCCCGUUGCUACAUUCUACGCAGCCGAGGUAGCUGUUGGCAUGUUCUUCCUUCAUUCUCAUGGCAUUGUGUACCGGGACCUGAAACUGGACAACAUACUUCUCGACUUUGAAGGUCAUGUGAAGUUGGCCGAUUUCGGUCUGUGCAAAGACGGGAUUGUUGGAAUGGCAAAGACUCAAACCUUCUGUGGAACUCUGGAUUCUAUAGCACCCGAGGUAAUUCGGCGCCAGCCGUACGGGAUAUCGGCAGACUGGUGGUGUUUCGGCGUAUUCAUUUACGAAAUGCUUGUUGGUCAGCCACCAUUUUCAGGCGAGGAUGAGGAGGACCUCCUUCAAGCUAUCCUCGAAGUAAAUCCCUCCUUUCCCCGCAACCUGUCCAAAGAGGCUCUCAGCAUCUGUCGAGGCUUCCUUAACAAGGAUCCCAACUCUCGUCUCGGCUGCAGUCCAGCAGGUAGUCUAGAAAUCCGCGAUCAUGUCUUCUUCCGAAGGAUAAACUGGGAGCUGAUUGAAUCCAGGGCUAUCCAACCUCCCUUCAAGCCCUGCGUGCGCGACAAAAGGGACACUAGCAACUUCGAUUCCGCCUUCACCGAGUUGCCGACGGAGCUCACACCAACGGAUAAGCUCUUCAUUAUGAACCUCAGUCAAACCGAAUUUGAGGGAUUCUCUUUCGUCAAUCCCGAAUUUGUGAUUGAGGUGUAA